AUGGAAAUUGAUGGAGAAACUGGAACAGAACUCCGAGGAGGCCCGGGGCAAGUGGAUCCAGGACAAGUCUUCCAUAACCUACCAGCAAUGGAGUCCGCAUCCGCUGUGUCCAGACCGGAGCCUGAGCCGAGCCCCGAGUCUAGGGAAGAGUCAGCGGCUUCUACUGAACCGAGCACGGGCCCCGUGGAAGAGAGUACGGACUCAACGCCACACCUACUUUCUCAUUCCGAGCCGGAUGCCUUCCCGAGCCUCCACACGUGGCAUACCUACACUCAAAGAAAUCAACCCGAUGAACAAGAGCUCACGGCUCAUAUGCGGAUGGUUGAUAUCGCCGCUGACGGUACGGUAAUAGAUCAAGGAGAAUCAACAUCCCAAGAUGCCCAUGACCUCUUACGCCUACCUCUCUUCCAGGAGCCGGGUUCGUGCCGGGUUGUGAUUGGAAUUCCGGAGCGAGGGGAGCUAGACCGCCAACUCGCUCUGAAUGCCGUGAAUUUACCUGGCGAAAGAGCAAAAGGGCUUGCCGAGUCCGAGUUCCGGAUGGAGCACUUCAAAGCUCGAAGGAACCCAGCUCAUGAUCUGUCGAGGAUGAGAGACCAGUGGAGGAUGGGACAUAUAAUGUGGAGUCCGUUCGGCUUCAAUCUGCCGCUGGGUAGGGUGCCUAUAGAAGCUCUCAAGAGCGCACCGCUUCCGACAAACGCUUUUGACGUCUUCGACCAAUACGAUGAUCUUGGUGGGUGGGGACUGAUAGUCGAUCCACUUCUACUGGAUGACUAUAUAAAGGGAUACAGAUCUUCUGUUGUCUCGUAUAGCAGGCUCAUGGUCGUUCUACUACAAAGCUGGGUCACCGUCCAGACUAUCCCACUCGAGAACAAUCGAUUUAUAUCAGUUCAUCGAUUCGUGUAA